AUGCGCGACGUUUUUCUGGAAGCACGUUGUUUAUCGCACAUGGAAUCUGCUUAUCGACUGCUUCGAUUUCCUAUGCAGUAUAACAUGCAUACAGUCAUUUCUCUCAGUGCCCAUCUCCCCGGCCAACAGCCUGUAUAUCUAAAAGGACCAAAUGCAGAGGAAGUGACUCCUGUGAGUAAGCUUUUAGCUUACUUUUCUCUGGUCAGAGAGUGUGAGCGCGCCAAGCACAUGACAUGGAUUGAGGUGGCAGAGCAGUUCUGGUUUACUGGCAAAGAAUAUAAGCCCUUCAAGAAAUCCGGUCGACGUAUAGCUACCUUAUGGCCUGUCAACCCAAAAAUGAGUGAACUUUAUGCACUAAGAAAACUUCUCUAUAACGUUCGCGGCGCUUCAUCGUAUGAAUAUCUUCGCACUGUCAACGGCAUUACUUACGAUAGCUUUAUGGGAGCAGCCGAGGCCGCCGGUUACGUCGUGACGGAAACGGAGUGGGAGAAGUGCCUGGAGAGCGCUUCUGCUGUCGCUAUGCCUUCUGACAUACGACGGCUUUAUGCUCAAAUUCUUCUGUACUGUCGGCCAACGAACCCAGUGUAUUUGUGGAAUCUAUAUAAGUUCUCGAUGAGAACACGUCGCCGAAAUCCUAAUGAAUCAGAAAGCUCACUCGAUAUGCGUUCAUUGACUUACAUCGAAACCAUUCUAAAAAACAAUGGUGCAUCUUUGGAGGACUGUGGACUCAAGAGUAUCAAAGACGCUCUUUCAUCGGAAUCCGGCGUUGAACUUGACGGCAAAGCAAGUCCAGGAGUUCCCGAACGCACCGUCAACGUCGCAGAUAGUUUGACACCUGCGCAAGAACGUAUCGUCAACGCGAUUAUGGCUGAAUCUAAGAUUCCUAAAGGAAAUGGUAAUAAGCUCUAUUACAUUGAUGGGAAGGCUGGCUCU